AUGGAAAUACACAGAUCUGAGAGCGAGAACAUCAAGCUCUUAGGCAUGGAGGAGUUGCAACAACUGACCUCUGAUAUUCCUUUCGGUUCUGGAAUUCUGCAAGUGCAGCAAGGUGAAAUGGCCAAAAAUUCCAUGCAAGUUCAUCAUUCCAGUUCUACAGCUGUAAAUUAUGUUUGUCAGUACAAUAAACCAGAUGGUCAGAAUCAGAAACGCAGAGGCUUUCCUGGUUUUCUCCCAGGCUAUCCUGACCCUGAUCACAGUCGUCCCUCUGUGCCUUUGAAUUCAAGGAAGCAAGUAUUACUACCACCUCUCCCGCCUCCAGUCAAUCUCCCUCCUGGUCUAGAAUACUUGAGCCAGUUAGACCUGAUCAUUAUACACCAGCAGGUGGAGCUGCUUGAAAUGAUACUUGGCACUGAAACUUCCAACAAAUAUGAGAUUAAAAACCGCUUGGGACAAAGAGUGUACUUUGCAGUGGAAGAAAGCAUCUGCUUUAACCGUAAUUUUUGUUCACCAUUAAGAUCCUGCACCCUAAGGAUCACUGAUAACACUGGUCGAGAGGUGAUUACGGUGCACCGACCAUUGAGAUGUACUAGCUGCUGGUGCCCUUGCUACCUACAAGAGUUAGAAAUUCAAGCCCCUCCUGGCACUAUAGUUGGUUAUGUUGUACAGAAGUGGGACCCUUUCCUGCCAAAGUUCACAAUUCAAAAUGAAAGCAAAGAAGAUAUUUUGAAAAUCGUGGGUCCCUAUGCAACAUGUGGCUGUUUUGGAGACGUUGACUUUGAGGUAAAAACAAUUAAUGAAAAGAUAACCAUUGGGAAAAUUUCAAAGUACUGGUCAGGAUUUGUAAAUGAUGUCUUCACAAAUGCUGAUAAUUUUGGGAUACACGUGCCUGCCGAUCUAGAUGUGAAAAUCAAAGCAGCCAUGAUUGGGGCCUGUUUUCUCUUUGAUUUUAUGUUCUUUGAACAUUCACUGGCUGGACUGUAACAAGCAAGAUGAUAGAAACAAUAAAAUAUGCAGACCAUAUUUCA